AUGUCCACAGAAGAAAUCAGAGAAACAGCUAAAGUUGAUCCAGAGAUGAAACAAAUCCGAGAGAGUUUAAUCAAUAAUCAAAGUUGUAUACUUCCUCAAGAUUACAAGUUGGUUGGAGACGAGUUGUCUAUAACCGAUGACAUUGUUUUACGAGGAAAUCGAAUUGUUUUACGAGGAAAUCGAAUUGUCUUACCUGCUAAACUCCAACCUCGAGCAAUUGCCCUGGCACAUGAAAAUGCACGCUGGUAUAACAAGAUGCAAACAACGAAUACGUUCCAAAUUGUGGUGGCCCAAGAUGGAUAA